AGAGCGCGUUUGAGGAGAGGUCUUGUGAUCGUGAAGGGUUUGUGUGCGUUCGCUGUAGAAAGAUCAGGUGCUGUUGUGCUGUGCAUCUUUCCAUUUGUUGUCUCUGCAACUCUACUAUUGGCUUCAAUGCAGCCAGAAGGGGAAAAGCAGAAGAAGAGGAAAUAUGCAAUAUCGUUUCAGACCGAAUGGCUGCAGAAUGAUGCUUUCAAAGACUGGAUCGUUAAAGUAGAUGACAUUGUUGCCCGUUGUAGGUACUGUAAUGCUGCCUUCCCUGUGAGACAAGACGGUGUUGAGGCCAUCCAGAAACACAUGGAAACCGAAGAACACAUUAGAGCUUCAGAAAUGGUGAAGCAGAGUGCUGCCAUGACAUCCUGCUUUGCCAACAAAAAUACACCAGAAAUGUUCAGUGUUGCUGCUAUAGAGGUUGGCAGCAUGUAUCAUGCUGUUAUGCACCAGCACAGCUACCUGAGCGCAGAUUGUGGAAUAAAACUGAUUUCUACAAUGAUCGAGGACUCUGCUCUUGUUAAAAAACUGCGCUGUGGAAGAACCAAGGCAGAGUGCAUUGUUGAAAACGUGCUUGGACCAAAAUCAAUAGAAAAUGUGGUGCGGGCACUGGGUGGGCGUUCCACUAAAAAAGUUCCUUAUUCAAUUGCCACAGGUGUUUCUAACAAAGGCAACCGUAAAAUGUUUCCUGUGGCUGUGCGUUAUUUUGAUGCUGACCUUGGAGUCCAGGAGAAACUGCUGGACUUCUGUGAGUUACCAUUAGAGACUGCUGUUGCCAUCAGUGACAGCCUUCUGAAGAUUGUGACUGAUCUAGGAUUAUCCGCUGAAAAUAUAGUGGCUUACACGGCAGACAGCACUGCUGUCAAUUAUGGUGUAAGGAACUCUGUAUUCCAGAUCCUUAUGGAACAGAAAAGUUCUAUUGUGAAGGCAAACUGUUUUUGCCAUAUUCUCAACAACGCAGCCAGGCAUGGCUGCUUAAAGAGCAAGUAUGAUGUUGAGUUUCUGGUUUAUAAAAUUUACGCUGAACUCUCUGGGAGCACCCUUGAAAAUGAGAAACUCAGAAUGCUUUGAUGAGUUAGAAGUGCAGUAUCAUGCACUUUUUCAGCAUGGAAAUACACAAUGGCUCUCUCACUUCCCUGUUGUUGAGUGGUUAGUUCAGUCGUGGCCUGCUGUAAAAUCCUAUUUCCUGGAGCUCGGGGAAGAAGAGACCAGUGGCACGAUAUGGAACUUUAUUAGUGACCAGGCAGAUGAGGCAGCUGGUGACACAACUGAAAAGAUUUCCAUCCAAGAGUGCUACCUCUACUUUGUCCAUCAUUACAUGAAACUUUUUCAUGAGGCUAUUAGUGUUUUGGGGGAACAGCACUCAUUAAGUCCACAUCUCCACAGCCUCAUGUGCAACUUGAGGGAGAAGCUGGUAAAUCGCAUGGACAAAGAAUUUUUUGGAGCAAAGGUAUUUUAAGGUCUAAAGCACCUCCCUGAAUUUCAAUGUGCAUCUUUCACUGCAGAUGCACUCCACAUGUACAGUCGGGCAAUAGCAUACCUUGAGGAAUGGUAUGAUUUUGAGAACUCACAACUAAAAGACUUCACAGCCUUUGAUCUGGACAGAGAGUCAGAUGAGCUAACAGUGGACCAUGUUAGUAAGGUGGCUUCAGAUCUGGGCAUUGAAGUUGAUGUUGAUGGUCUUUUCGAUGAACUUUGCCUGGUUGACAAGUUUGUGCCUGAGGUGAGAACAUCGGAUCUUCCUCUGGAUGAGAAAUGGGUGAAGUUACUAAAGAGCAUCAACUCAAGAAUUCUGGUAAAGGUUGUCAGUGCAGUGCUUGCCAUCCCAGUAAGCAAUGCUUAUGUGGAGAGGGUGUUUUCACUCAUGGCCAAUGUACAGACUAACAACAGGAACUGUAUGUCAUCUUCCCUUGUCAAAGCAGACCUUUGUGUCAAGUUAAAUUUUGACAUGAGCUGUGCUGAAUUUUUUGAAUAUGUGAAGAAAGAGCAAGGGUUGCUUAAAGCUUGUAUUUCAAAGGAGAAGUACAAAUUCUAAACUCAGCCAUUUUUGUCCUUAAUUUAAAUCCAGUUACCGCAGUGGAAUGCUCAUUGCACCUUGUUCAUUCUUUCUAUCUGUUUCUCUUUUGUAAAAAGUCAUGCUGUUAGUAAUUUUUGAGAACAUUCAUUUAGAUGUAAUCCACUUCUCCUUUUCAAGAGAAAUAAUGGCCUAAAUCCAGUUGCUAGUCCCAACUAGAGUAGACCCAUUGAAUUGAUGGGAACUUGGUAAAUUGACACUUAUGUAAAUUCCAUUGCUUCAGUGGGUCUCUAAUUGGACCUAGCAACUGGAUUAUGACUAGCAGUUGGAUUGGUGAUGUAACCUGCCUUUGUUCUCUAAAAGAUGAUGUGUGUUUGUUAAAUAAAACAAGACGUUUGUUUCUAA